AUGAAAGUUAGUUUCCGAGGCUCAUCUGCGGCCUUUUAUUUCUGGCUGAUACAUCACUGGACUACGCUCACUCAAGCGGCCAGUUCGGCCCCGUUCGAAGCGACAUGGUCAUCAGCAACAUUCGGUCCCGAUGGCCCGUGGCAAGCAGUCGAGGUCAACGUCGGCGAAAACUCAAAGGUCGCUCUGUAUCCAGGACACACAUUCCAGUCCCUCGUCAUAUCCACGGAUUACUGCAAACUCAAUAGCUCCAAUGGUUGCUACGCAUCGAAAGCAGGGACGUAUAAUCGAGCGCAAGCUUUCCAAGAUGGUACCGGAUCUGCGUCUGGAAUACAGUACAAACCACCGCUGUACGAAUGGAUGGCUGGGAUGGACGUUCGUGGCACCUUGCCUACCUCCUGGGUGGAUUCAAUGGCGUUGAAGUCAGCCGCAACUUCUGGACCGACACAUCAGGUCGAGAAUGUCAGUUUGACACUAGUGGAAAGCCAGAUGAUCGCGUAUCCCGGCGGUACAUGGUAUCCUGCUUUUGUUGGGUGCUUAGGCACUGGGGCUGCGGCCACUGUCAAUCAAUCCUUCACAACAUCGUCGUAUCCGAUUAAUGCCAGCCUGAUACCUGGUGCGCUCUGGUAUAACGACAAAAUACCUUCCAACUCGUUCAGCAUGCAUAUUGGAUCGGUCUCUUCGCAGAUGGCGGGAUCUCUCUGGUUCGGUGGAUACGAUCAGAACAGACUGAUCGGCGACGUUUUGGUGGCAGACGAGGACUUUGUUCGAAGUCCAAUAACUCUCAAAGACAUCGCUAUUGAUGUCAUCGAAGGGGCUUCGCCAUUCGACUUCACCGCCAAGAGUGGUCUCUUAGCCGCAGGGAACACCUCUAUCGCCAACGGGCUCCCGGUGGCUGUUGAUGGAUGUUCCCCUUACCUUACUUUACCAAGAUCAACCUGCGACAAUAUUGCUGCAAAUCUCCCGGUUAGCUUCAACGCCGAUCUUGGAUUGUAUAUCUGGGACACCGAGUCUACAAAAUAUCGCCAAAUUGUUUCGUCAGCAUCAGCGUUAUCUUUCACCUUCCUCUCCGACUCAAAUACGAAGACGACUACGGUCCGUGUGCCAUUUUACCAUCUCAACUUGACGCUUUCCGAACCCCUCGUCGAUUCUCCGAUGCAAUAUUUUCCCUGCUUUACUGGUGGCCCUGGCACAUACAACUUAGGCCGAGCGUUCCUCCAGGACGCGUUUCUCGCUGCGAAUUGGGGGCAGUCUAAGUGGUGGCUUGGUCAGGCGCCAGGGCCCAACAUUCAGCUGUCUCCAAGCGUCAUUGAGAUUAACGAAGAUGAUGUUUCCAUCAAAAGUGGCAGCAAUGAUUGGGAACAGUCGUGGAAGGGAGCUUGGAAGGCCUUGACCGAAGACGAGGCAAACGGCACCACUACCGUAGAACCUCCCGUGCAGUCUGGCGUGUCGAGCAAUGACGGCCAGGAAGAAGGGUCUGCUGUUCUUUCAACGGGAGCCAAGGUAGGCAUCGGUUUGGGUUGUUCUGUGGCAGCGCUGGCUGGCAUUGGCGCGUUGGUCUUUUUCUACCUGAGACGGAGGAAAGCAAAGGCUGUUAUAUUAGAUCAACCGGUCGUGGUUCAUGAUCAGAAGGGCCCUGCUGAGAUGUAUGGCUCUUCACCUAGUGAUAUGACACCUGUGAGUGAGAUCGAACCGCGGUUGAGGCCUAAAGAAGCAUCGCAUGAUCCGGUGGAGUUACCAUAG